AGCAAACAGUCAUAUGGAGUAUUCUAUACUGCAAGUAGUAGAUGGACUUAAUCUCCAGGGACUACCAUAGGAGAUCUCGAGCCCCCCCUCGUGGUUAUUUCUCGCGUGGCGCCGCUUGCAUGACGCCAGUUUGACUUUUCCUCUGCCUGUUUGUUAUUAUUAUACGGAUUUAUUGAUCUCGUAUCUAAUUUUUUUGCUUUUCCCUUUUCCAUAAGCACAUCUUGCCUCCACCUCCUCGUCUCGCCUUCCUAAUCCAUCCAUCUGCGAUUUGCAUUAGCCACCGGCGUGGGCCUGCUAUAUUGAGCUUGGUCGUCUUCUGCAUCUCUACAUAAGGGUGCAGGGGACCUCCCCAAUUGCUGGCUAUUAUUUCUCAAUAUCAACAAUUCCAUUCACUGUUUCCCGUGCCUUUCUGCACUCCCCUCUGCUGUACCCGUCCGGGUGUUUAGCUGUCAACUUCUCCCUCCUCUCUAUCGUCUUUUCUUCCCUCACCUCCGUCCUUCGUUCAUCCGCCUUCGACAGUUAUCACCAUGGAGCCCAAGCCCCCCCACGGCAAGCCCGACGUCAACUUUGAUGUUGAGGCUGAGGGUGAUCAGUCCAGGGAAGAUGGAGAUCGUGUGGCGCGCAACGUGCGCAUUACCUUUGAGGAUGCCUCCGCCACCGAUGCCGAAAGCAAUGCCAUCGAGACUAUGCGAUCCAUCUACCAACCCGCCGGCUUCAACCGUACCCAAUCUACUGGCCGUGAUACCAUCCGCAGCACUCGCAGCAGCGGACAGACUGCCGUCGGAGCCAAUGCGGGCAUUCCCAUCGAAUUCCGUACCCUGUCCAUCCAGAUCUCCGAGUCUCAGAACGCGCCCAAGGAGGUCGUGGCCGAAACCCCCAAGGAAAAGCUUCCGAACCAAGACUACUUUGAGACUCUCGACUUCCACACUCUGUCCCAGGAUAGUCUUUGCCAGCAAUUCAAUGUCGACCCUCGCACCGGUCUCAGCAGCUCCGCAGCCGCUACACGCCUUGCUCGUGAUGGAAAGAAUGUGAUCGCACAGCAUCGGGAGAAUUACCUCAAGAAGCUCUUCUUCUACAUCUUUGGUGGUUUCUGUUCCAUCCUUUGGGUCGGUGUGAUCAUUUUCUUCAUCUGCUGGAAGCCUCUCAGCAACCCGCCCUCACCUACCAACCUUGCCAUGGCUAUCUUGGUCAUCAUCGUCAUCGUCCUUCAAGCAACUUUCUCCGCUUUCCAGGAUUGGUCCACAAAACGGGUGAUGAACUCCAUUUUGAAUCUCCUUCCCGCCGAGGCUCUCGUCAUGCGUGAUGAGAAGUUCAUUCGUCUUCCCGCCACCGAGUUGGUGACCGGCGACAUCAUCCAAAUCAACGUUGGCAACAAAGUCCCGGCUGAUAUGCGUCUUCUGAAAACGUCGGGCGACGUUCGCUUUGACCGUGCCAUUCUCACCGGCGAGUCGGACGAGAUUGACGGUGCUACCGAGGCCACCGAAGCCAACUUUUUGGAGACUCGUAACAUUGCCCUUAUGGGAACCCUGGUGACCAAUGGCAACGCAACUGGUGUCGUCGUCCUGACCGGUGCACGAUCGGUUAUGGGCCGCAUUGCGAAGAUGACUGCUGGCGUCAAGCAGAAGCCAACCUUGAUCCAAAAAGAAAUCACCCGCUUCGUUACCAUCAUCAUUGGACUGACAAUUCUCCUUGCUCUGACCAUUCUGUUCACCUGGGUGGGAUGGCUCCGCAAGGAUCACCCUACUUAUAUGAGUGUGGUGGCGAUGCUGAACAAUGUCAUGGGCUGUGUGGUGGCUUUCAUUCCCGAGGGUGUCCCUGUCGGUGUGGCCUUGACACUGAUGAUGGUUGCCCGCCGCAUGAAACAGACCAGUAUACUGCCCAAGGGCCUGGCCACCGUCGAGACUCUUGGCUGUGUUAAUGUGAUCUGCUCGGACAAGACUGGUACCUUGACUCAAAACCGCAUGUUUGUCAAGUCUCUCGGUAUGGUUGAUUGGGAAUUUAGCCUCGACGACCUCGCUGCAGGUCUCGAGGUGUCUCACGGACUGGCCAACGUACUGCGUGCCUCGGUUCUUUGCAACGAUGCCACAUUCGACUCGGAGACUAUGCAUCUCCCCUCGUAUGAGCGCACCGUCAAUGGCAAUGCCACUGAUGCAGCAGUACUCCGACUCGCCGAUCAUGUUGGUGCCGCUACGCCCCGGAAUUUGGAGCCAUAUGAACGCAUUCACCAGAUUCCCUUUAACUCAAAGAAUAAGUGGAUGCUGACCAUGCACCGCGAUCCCGCCAACACUUCUCCGGGCUAUCUGAUCUACGUCAAGGGUGCUCCUGACGUGAUUUUACCUCGUUGCUCCACAUACUGGUCUGCUGUCCACAACGCCGUACGUCCGCUCGACACGGAUGCACGUGAGAAGUUCUCUUCUUUCCAAGCCAAGCUGUCUCGCCGCGCCGAACGUGUGAUUGUUAUCUGCCAACGCCGCUAUGUCCCCGUUCACGAGGUUGGCUCUAAUGGAUUCAGCGACGAGAUCAUUGAGUCUGGUGUGCAGGACCUCACUGUGCUUGGCAUCUUUGGUAUCAUUGAUCCUCCACGCCCAGAGACUGCUAGCACUGUCGCUGCUUGUCGACGUGCCGGUAUUCGAUUCUUCAUGGUCACUGGUGACUUUGGUAUUACUGCCGCUGCGAUUGCCCGGGACAUUGGGAUCUUCGAUGGGACUGCCGAGCCCGACACCGUUGACGACCUGCGGGACUUCAGUGAUGAAGGCAAGGGCCCCCACUCGCGCCAUAGUCUGCUACUCGAGGGAACCAGUCUUUCUUCCCUGACCCAGGAUGAAUGGUCGACGGUAUGCGGCUAUGACGAGAUCGUCUUUGCUCGUACGAGCCCGGAACAAAAGUUGCGCAUCGUGAGUGAACUACAAGCAAAGGGCAACUAUGUUGCAGUGACCGGCGACGGUGUCAAUGACGCCCCAGCUCUGCGGGCUGCCAACGUUGGUGUCGCCAUUGGUGGUGGUAGCGACGUGGCUAUUGAAGCUGCCGACCUUGUCUUGUUGGACCGGUUUGAUUCCAUCGUCGAAGCUAUCCGUCUGGGUCGUCUGGUAUUCCAAAAUUUGCAAAAGGUCAUCGCCUACUUGCUCCCCGCCGGUAGUUGGUCCGAGAUCUGGCCCGUGAUCAUGAACGUCUUCUUUGGUGUCCCAUCUCCCCUGAGCUCUUUCCUCAUGAUCGUUAUCUGUGUCUUCACCGAUCUCUUCCUCUCCCUCUCCCUGAUCAUGGAAAAGGAAGAAUACGACCUCCUCAGCAUUCCUCCUCGCGACCCCAAAAAGGACCACCUUAUCAACAUGCGCAUCUACGGCCAAUCAUACCUCUUCGUUGGUGUCAUGGAAGCUUUCAGUGCCCACGCCAUGUUCUUCCUCUACAUGUGGAAAGCAGCCGGGAUUCCCUUCUCCGAUCUGGUCUUCGCCUUUGAAAAUUACACCGAUGGUUUCCACGGAUACACGCAAGACGAGCUCACGCACUUCAACAAUGUCGGCCAAUGUGUCUACUUUGUUUCUCUGGUCAUCAUGCAGUGGGGCAACAUCUUGUCCGUCCGCAGCAAGCGCAUGUCCCUGCUCCAAGCUGAUCCUAUUCGGCCCGCUCGCCGUAACCCAUGGCUUCCUCUGGCCAUGCUGAUUUCGCUUGUCAUUGCUAUCUUCGUCACUGAAGUCCCCGGCAUCCAGUCCCUCUUUGGCACGGCCUCUGUUCCCAUCCAGUAUUGGUUUAUCCCGCUGGGUCUGGCCCUUGGUAUCCUCGUUAUGGACGAGCUACGCAAGGUGUUGGUGCGCCAGUUCCCUAAGGGUCCGGUUGCCCGAAUCUCGUGGUAGAUCUGUUGAGUUUGAUGGCAUUGGAAAACCAGUGCUAUGAUUUAUGACAUAAAAUUGUUGUUUUGUGAUAGACUCUUUUUUACUGGGUUUGGGUACUCUUUUCUUUUCUUACACGCUGGAGUGGGCUUCUGUUUUACCUGUCAGCGUUAUUCUUACUUGAUUGCAUUUCCGUGACGAGAUUCUUGGAUGAUUGGAUGAGAGAAAUACUAUGAUUGCUUUCGUGGAUGCAUACGAUGUCAGAACAUGAACAUGGCUUGGAUCUAGAGUUAAUGCUUUCUGGAAGAUAUCAUAGAUAUUCAUGAGCUGGUGCAUCUCCUUCAUGGUGAUACUUAUCUACUCUUGAAAGUAUCAAGAUCUUCUUUAGUUUAACUGUUCUGGUAGACGACUGUCAGUGAUUAUGCCCUUGUCCUCUGUGAG